AUGUCGCAUGGAGGUGGCCAUGUUCGACACAGUAGACUUUGGAUGGUAGCCUGGUUCCUGGGCGCUUGGUGGCAAGAAGCUGAGCGAGAGACCUUUGCUGGCAUCCUGCAGAAGCGGAGACACUUCAGCCUCAGAGCCAGGGACUUUGAGUCCGAGCUGUCUGUGCAGGAUAUGUUGAACAUGCAUAGAAAGCGGAAUGCUGACAGAGUUCCUCAGACGGAAGGCCAGCCAGAGGCAACCGCCGUUCUGACGCCUGAGGUGUUGGCAGCAAAACCGAGCUGGCUCCAGUUGAAACCAGCGGCAGAACUCCCAUGUGUCUUCACACCUCGCGAGGAAGGUGUCAGGAAGCUCGGAGAGCCAAUUGAAUUGAAGUUCUGGCAACAUGCAUAUGUUCGACUUUGGCAACAUGCACGUCUUCACACUGGCGGGGCUGUGGCUGUCCGCUACAGCCGCGGCUCCCUUGCACGAAGCCCCCAUGCUUUUGCACUGUGGCCUUCAGCACCAAGGGAGCGCAGUAUGCAAGGGCUGGUUCUGGGUAUGUUCAACCUCACCGUCAAGACGAUCCAUCCUUUUCCAAUCUUGCGAUUAAUGCGUCCUCCGGAAGAGACAGAUGAGGAGGUUGAGGCUCACGAGCCGGCCGAGCUGAACGCCUUCCUUCGAAGCUUGGGGGAUCCGGCCAAGCAGGGAGCUGCCAUCAGGGACAUGACCACUGCAGACCGACGAGCUUUGCUUCGCUGGCUAGCUGGCGGCGCAGCAGGGGCCGUGAUGCUUUGA